AGCGGAAAUAAACGUCGUAAACCAAAUGCUAGUAGCUACGUUUAUAGGCUCCUAGGACGGGGUGUAAGCGAUAUCAGACGUACAUCGGUUGUUGCCUCUUAAGAGGAAAGGGAGUGGAUAAAUUACACGAUAGGGUUUUGUUUGUUACGGUGGCAGCAUCGAAACGGAAUAUCUCGAGUGGUACCUUACUGUAACCUUUAUGUGAGGUCUAAGCCCUAAAGGAGCGGGUCAUAGACGGGAGGAGAGACUCGGAGAAAAGCAUCUGGCUACAGAAGCCUGGAUAAGAGUUUUUAUUUUUUAUUCAGUCCCUGAAACACAACUACAGCCAAGCAGUUUUCCAGCACGCAACAACAACCAUGGAGGCCAUUGCCAAAUACGAUUUCAAAGCUACUGCUGAUGAUGAGCUUAGUUUCAAGCGUGGAGAAGUCCUUAAGGUAUUAAAUGAAGAAUGUGAUCAGAACUGGUACAAGGCAGAGCUAAAUGGAAAAGACGGCUUCAUCCCAAAGAAUUACAUAGAGAUGAAAGCCCAUCCGUGGUUCUUCGGGAAGAUUCCCCGGGCCAAAGCAGAGGAGAUGCUAAACAAACAGAGGCACGACGGGGCCUUCCUCAUCAGAGAGAGCGAGAGUGCACCAGGAGACUUCUCCCUCUCUGUGAAGUUUGGAAAUGACGUCCAACACUUCAAGGUUCUUCGUGAUGGGGCUGGAAAGUAUUUCCUAUGGGUGGUGAAGUUUAACUCCCUCAACGAGCUGGUAGACUACCACCGCUCCACCUCAGUCUCUCGCAAUCAGCAAAUCUUUCUGCGAGACAUAGAGCAGGUCCCCCAGCAUCCCACAUAUGUGCAGGCGCUCUUUGACUUUGACCCCCAGGAGGAAGGAGAGCUGGGUUUCCGACGCGGCGACUUCAUCCAAGUCCUGGACAACUCUGACCCCAACUGGUGGAAAGGAGGCUGCCACGGCCAAACGGGCAUGUUCCCCCGCAACUACGUCACGCCUGUCAAUCGGAACAUGUAAACAGUCAGACCAUGUAAACAACAACAAGAACAACCACAACAGCAACCACCAUCACCACCACCGCCGCCGCCAUCAUCAUCUUCAUCAUCAUCAUCGUUCUUGAUCUCAUCAGCCCCCCAUCCAACCCCCAACCACCCCUCCACCCCUCUUCGCCAUCCCACGAUAACAGGAGCAGACAGGAAGAGCGCAAACAACCGAAAGAGAGAGAGAGAGAGAGAGAGAUAGCACAGGAGUAGUGCUGUAGUAGGUGUCGCUGUGUGGGUGGCAGCUGAGCAAAAUCAACUUUAACUUGUGCUGAGAAUGUUCGCCUCCUUAGUGAACGCCUCGGUGAGGAUUGAACCGUCUUUGAGGGAAAUCUAAAUGCAGAGAAACUAAAGAAUAGUGCACCAACCGUGAAGAUAACCAAAUGAUUCUACCGCUCCCACAGCUACUUCUGUCUUCUCCUUAACUUCUUAACAUUCUGCCUGUUUUUUUUGUUUGUUUUUUUUUUUGUUUUGUUUUUUUGUUUGUUUUUUCUUUGCCGCAUGUUGUUUUAAUCACCUAAAUGAAAUGCCUACCGAUAAACCCUAACUCUGUUUUAAAGAAAAAAUAAAUAAAAAAAUAUAAAAAAGAAGAAAUGGUUUUAAAAAUGUACAAAAAAGAAGAGAGACACAAAAGAUGCAAUCUGCAGUACAGCAAGUUUCCAUGUCUGAGAUCAUUUGGCACGUGAGCAUUGUACAUCAGCCAUUGGCUGUAUAAAUAAAUCAACUAUAGAGAGAAUCCAUUUUUUAAGAAUAUAUAUUAUAUAUUUGUAUGUGUUUUGUCUGUUUUACCUCUCAUCACAAAUUGUAUUUUUUUCCAUUUGUAAAUUAUGUUCAAUCUUUUGUUAGUCUGGAUAAGACCUAGUAGCUCUAGAAUGUGCUGAAUUGUCAGUCUUUUUUUUUUUUUUUUUUUUUUUUUUUUCCUGAAUCUAUCUGAGGGCUCUCAGAUAAUACAGCAUGAUAUUUAAGGGGUCACGAAUUCCAUUCAAAGAGGUUUGUCUUAUCUACAAUGCAAGGAAAGUAAAGUUAGUUCUCUGAGAAGAAACUAAUUGCGUCAGGAAGCUAAUGUUGACCAGCGAGUAGAGCCAUGGAUGCUGCAAGAGCUGUUGUAUUACGAAGCCCUGUGGUAAAUGUCAGCCACCUUUUCAAAGCCAAUGUAUUUAUUGCAGCCAUUUUACUUGGGCAGUGAAUGUAGCUGACUGAGUCCAUUGACAUUAACAUGAGGGAAGCAAGGUCGGAGAACUGAACUACACAACCAUGCAAGGGAUUUUUAAAAGACAUGCUGAAAUAGUAAUGUUGUCAAUAUUCAUUUCUAAAGAAAAUUACAUAUGGAGGAUAUGUACAGGUAGUUAACAUGCAUAUUCACAAACACUCAUUAUAUGCAUGAAUAAGCAGACGCUCUCCUCCUUGUUAUACCUGCACGUAGCAAAGAGGCGGAGUUUGGAUAAUCACAUUGUGUAAUCACCAGUGCAGAUCUGCAGCUGGCACAGAUUAACAGUUGAAACUGAGAGAUUGUCUUUUAUGCUAAAAGUUGAGAGAUCAGCGUAAAUGAUGUAAAAGUUGUUUUGUCCUUGUUUUUGUUUUUAUGUUUUUUUUUUGUUUUUUCUUUUGUCCAAUGUGGCGUGUGGUCAAGCACUUUUUUUUUUGUCAAACAUUUUGAUUUCUGGUUUGGUCCAGUGUGUUAGCGUGCGUGCGUUUGUUUACUGUGUUUGUGUUUUCUUGUUCUCUCUGGAUAGUGCCUUUCUCUCUGGUGUUUCAGUGUCUCCGACCUGCUACUUUGAGCCCCCUCCCUUUACGGGGCCUGCCAGUCCUGCAGUGAGAAACAGUGUAUAUAAUCCAACCUGCCCUACCCAAUAAUGAAC